AUCUCCACGUAUUUGUCAACCUGGAAAGCGUCUAGGAUAGCCUAACUGUGACGAAGAAGCUUGGGUCUGGAGUCACCCCUAUAAAAUGGCGGCCGCAGAGAAAUGUUUCCUUGUUCCUUUCUCUGCUAAGGGGUUUGGGGGUUAGGGUUUAAGACACGCGCUUGUAAUUCUGCCCCUUACCUGGGUGUGUGUUCAGCACCGUCAGUGACUUAAGGGUGUGCAUUGGUUUGCACCCAAAUCAUUUCUUGUAUUCAUAUACAUGGCGGGGGUUGGAGCUUCUCACCCCGCGGUUAGUGGGCUUUAGAGUUCAUGCUCUUAUUCAGCUUUAAAAGCAGUUGGGUCGGUGGGCUCUGGUUGCUGUCCUGGGUUUGUUUGUGCUUCAGGGAGAGGUCUGUGAGUGCGGGUUGUUGGUGAGAGACAUGGCCCUCUCGUGUAGCACUCAGAUAUUGCAGCGGUCAUGGCUUGUGUAUUUCAGACAGGGGACGAUGUGCUUGGUCUCUUCUUCUGCAAAUGUGGGACUUCGUAGUCGUUCAUUGACGUCGUACUCGCACAUUUUUAGGGCGCGUGCACGUCCAUCCCAGAGUUUUCUUCCAGCAUGGCGACAGCAACAUCGGUCGCUUGCAUUUGGUUUAAGGGGUAUUCGCGCAAUGUCUUCGUCCAGCCUAGACUCUGCGCAGGGCCAUGGUCAACUUGCAGUGGAUGUUCCUGCAAGUGCUGUGGAAGAAGAGAAAGUUGCGAAAGAUUUCAAUGAUGCACAUGAAGAUAGCAAGGUGACCGCAGCUGCAUCAAUGGAUGGAGAAGUGAAGGAUAACUUGUCAGAAUCUGUUGAGGAUUCUCCUAGAGUUGUACUAGAGGAUCAGGUACAGGAAGCAUUAUGCACUGUUGAUCUGUUAAACGAUGGAGAUCGUCCAGAGCUGGCGUUGGAAGACGAUGAAGCAGAGGACGGUGAAAAUCUGCACCCAUGGUCCGAAUGGAACAAGUACCUCAAUAUGCUGGAAGCCGGAGGUCACUUUAUCUUCGAGACCGAGACGCACGAUAAGAGGCCCAUGGUCAGACAAGAAGAUGACCUUGGUAAAAUCAAACGAGCUUCGAUGGCUUUCGCUCGCAACAGAGACGAUAUUAUCAAUGUACUCUCUCCUGAACUGUUACGGGAAAUUGCGGAAUUCGGCUGCCCAAGCACUGACCGGAAAGUCGUGAAUGCAGGCAAGCGGCUCAGAGUUUCUCUUGACAUUGACGAAGCCUCCGUCUGCAAACCAUGUGACAUUCGGAAUGCGUGUGAAAGAGCUUAUAACAAGCCUUCCAACAACGACGCAGCCGCAACUCAAGAUGUUGUCCGCCUUUUGGUGGCGUAUGCCUCGCUUGCGAAGUCGCCAUCCCGCUCUUUGCCUGCUGAAGUUGAAUCUGCUGCCAAGGAGUUGUUAUCUGAGGUUAUCAAGGCUAGUGAGACUCCUCGAGAUCCUUCUCUGCCCCUUCCUACUCCUCGCGCUGUGAAUCCUCCACCGCAGGAAAAGAAAAUUAGGAGAAAUUCUUACACGGAUAAUAUCGACAUGAAACCAGGCGAUUGGAAAUGUCCAGAAUGCAGCUUCAUAAACUUUUCAAGAAACAAGGAAUGCCGAGAGUGCCAGGAACGACGCCCUCAAGUAGAACUUCCACCUGGUGACUGGCAGUGUCCCGAUUGUGGCUUCAUCAACUUCUCUCGGAAUGUUGUCUGUCGGAAAUGUCAGACCAAAAAUACGAAGGCAGAGAUAAAGGAAGGAGAUUGGGAGUGUCCCAGAUGUAGGUUCCACAACUUCUCCAGAAACUCAGAAUGUUAUGAAUGCCGGACUGAGCGUCCAAGGGGAACCGGGAGAGCAUCUGACACGAGUUCUUCAAGGAGGUCUAGGCAAUAUGACAGAGAGAACUCAAGAAGUUCGUAUGGACGUACCGAAGAGCGUGGUCUCCAAUCGUAUGGUCAGUCUGAUUACGAGCGCUCAUCAGAACGAAGUCGACCCUUAUCUUCACGGUUAGAGGAGCGCAGCCGGCCCAGGGAUGUCUGGGAGAGACCCGCAUAUAAUGAUAGAGAGGUCGGACGUGAAAGUUUUGAUAGAUCUCGUGGCGCAGAGGGUGUUGUAGAUGGCCGUCGAAGGCAGCACGAGGAAUGGAAACCUACUAGGACGCAGACAAAACCUAGUCGAUUCAAUUUUGAUAUUAGCGAUGGCUCUGACGAAGAUUUGGCUAGCACCGUAAGUUCUGAUGACGAUUACAAAGAAUUAGAUUUCGGAGACCAAAAUGAAGACACUGAUCAUGAGGAUAGAGUGUUGGCGCGAGGUAGAGGCUCUUCUGGAAAGGUGUCUAGGGGGGGUCGUACAGACAACUGGAAUUCAGCAGUAUCGAGAAGGAGAAGCAAGUCAGAACCGCCUUCUAGAGGAUGGAAUCGCCGAGGAUCGGAGUUGGGUUCUAGUUCAGGAGAUGAGGGAGAUUUUGAAGAUUUUGAAGAUUUGGAUUUCGGUGAUGAUGACGAAGACCAGGAUUUUGCGGUAUCAUCUGGCCGAAGUGGGCCAGGAAGAGGUAGUGGGAGGUCCAGAGCCCCAUGGGCUAGAGACGACGACAGCUUGGAUUUCCGAGGAGCACCAAGGGAUGCAUACUCAGACGACGAGGGUGACAGUCGCUCUUUCAGGGGUAGGGAUGACUCAUGGUCAUCCAGAGGCAGAGGUGGUGGCCGUGGAGGCGGCAGAGGUUCAUUUGGUGGCCGAGGUGGACGAGGUCGAGGCGGUGGUGGUGGUGGUGGCAGGGGAUCGUACGAAGGCUCUUCCUCCCGUGGAGGUCGCGGUGGAGGUGGUGGCCGUGGCGGUGGCGGCCGCAGAGGUGGAGGCCGAGGGGGCGGCGGUCGCGGAGGUGGUUUCAGAGGCCGCGGGAGGUAGAAUCCUUUCCUGAAUGAGUUACUGUGAAGUACCCACUUCUUAGCUGGAAUAAAAUCCCAACAUUCAAGAGUAGUUUUAUUUGAGGAGGCCUUCAGAUUCUCGUGCAAUUCUUUCCAACACCUACAUCUUCCCGCAAGAAAGCAAGUAUUUCAAGAGAUUGGUAGUUUAAGUUGAGGUUUUCUCCCUAUAAAUUUCAACAUCACGGUUUGUUGCAAACCAGUGCCACUGUAACGGCAUUCACACAUAUUUUAGUUUGUUCAAGGCACAUUUUUUGCAGUGUCGAGUACUCCGUUUU